AUGACAGAAACCCUCCUCCGCAGCGCGCUUCGGGACGCGUGGUACGGCAUCUGCACCUCAGAGCAACGCGAAACCGCCAUGAACAAGCUCAUACGGACUAUCAAUCACACUAUAAGAACCUGGGAGUGCUUGACCGUUGGUCUCCUCGCCCUCGAUCUCGUAAUCACCCUCUACGGCCUCAGCGCUAAGAUCUCGGACGCCGUCAUCCCCAUCCCCGACGAAGUUGCCAUCAUCGCCUUCACCGAACUCCUAGUUCUCAUUCAGCUCAUGCAGAUACUUCUCCCAGUGUAUCCUGCGGAAGAGUUCGAGAUGUUCGCCAUUCCGCAGCAGCUGAGAGACAAGACCGUUUGCAAAUGGGUGAGCGGCGUUUUUGGUCUGCAGGAGGCUGAGCUUCAUGAGAGUCGCCGCCACAUGAAUGAGAAUGGACUCAAGGUCUUUGGCGUCUUUCUCAUCCCUAUUGUAGCCGCUGUUGUAUGGAAGUGGAGGAGGGUUCGUCGUCGUCAGAGGGAGUUGGUGAGAGAUGAGCAAGCGGCGCUUGUGGCUCAGGCCUUUCGCAUGCGGGUCGCUUGA